UCAGCACCUAAGCACAGAGCAUUCUACUAGGCUUCCUUCAGCACCUCAGCACAGAGCGUUCUACUAGGCUUCCCUCAGCACAGAGCGUUCUACUAGGCUUCCUUCAGCACUACGGACAGCUACCAAAAUGACACGGCUGCGCAAGAAAGCUUUCAUUGCACUUUUCUUAUUCACCCUCUUCAUCUUCGGGACCAUGAUGGGCCUCAGGACACUGAAACCCAGCGAUGGCUUCUCAGACCUGGCCCCGGGAAUGGGAGAGUUUGUGGGGGAAAGAGGAGGUGACCGGCGACGGCCAGUUUCGAACGACAUGGUAGUUUCCCCUGGUCAGCCCCAUCUAGCCAGCGACACCAAAGUCGUCUUCACAAAAUCCGACCGUGACUACAGUAUAUUCUACGAUGUACAAAUCUUCUAUUACCUAUGGUACGGCAACCCACAGAUGGACGGUAAAUACAUUCACUGGGACCAUGUUCUAGUACCGCACUGGGACCCUAAGAUCGCCGCCAGCCACGCCAAAGGAAGACACACUCCUCCGGAGGACAUAGCGUCGAGUUUCUACCCGGAGCUAGGACCAUACAGUUCCAGAGACCCCACCGUGCUGGAGUCACACAUGUCGCAGAUUGAAGCGGCUGCAGCAGGGGUACUGGUUCUGUCUUGGUACCCGCCUGGCAUUGCAGACAACCAUGGUGAGCCAUGUGAAGACCUGGUGCCUGCUGUCAUGGACGCUGCCCACAGACACAGCAUCAAGGUGGCGUUCCACAUCCAGCCGUACAUGGGACGGACUGACCUCAGCAUGUACGAUAACAUCAAAUACAUAAUUGACAAGUAUGGGAACCAUGGCGCCUUCUACCGCUUCAGGUCGACCACGGGGCGGAUCCUUCCUCUGUUCUAUGUCUACGACUCCUACCUGACCCCGCCUGAGGCCUGGGCCGACCUGCUCCACCCCGCCGGCGCCCACACCCUCCGCGGCACGCCCUACGACGGCGUCUUCCUCGCCCUGGUCGUAGAGGAACGCCACAAACACGACAUCCUGGCCGGUGGCUUCGACGGCAUGUAUACAUACUUCGCCUCCAACGGCUUCUCCUUCGGCUCCUCUCACCAGAACUGGAAGGCGGUCAAGGACUUCUGUGACGGUAAUAACCUGCUGUUUGUGCCCAGCGCCGGGCCGGGAUACGUCGACACCGCAGUGAGGCCAUGGAACAACCACAACACGAGGAACAGGGUCAACGGACGCUAUUAUGAGACCAGCCUACAGGCUGCGCUGUCGGUGCGGCCGGAGAUCGUGACCAUCACGUCGUUCAACGAGUGGCACGAGGGGACACAGAUUGAGAAGGCGGUGCCCAGGAAGACGGUGACACGGCUGUAUCUGGACUACCAGCCCCACCGGUCAGACCUAUACCUGGAACUCACCAGGAAGUGGGCCGAACACUUCAACAAGGAGAAAGACAAGUGGCUCAUGUAGAGGACAGGAGUCCUGACUGGACUGGGUCGAUGGGAAUAAUACCUUUUGGGUGUGACUGGAGCGAGUAAAACUGAGGAGCUUUUCACAUUUCUGAGCUGAGCUGAGCCGAACUGAGCCAAACCAAGCUGUACUGAGCUGUCCUGGUUAGUGGUUACUAUCCACCAUAGUCGCUGGAACCUGCUGAAACAUUUUAAAAAAUUUAAAGAAAAUAGCACAGCCAACACAGUUUGGUUCAGCAUGGUAGUGAGAAAAGGGUUUGGAGUGGCCUCAUUGCUGGGUAUUUUGGGUCCUUGUGAAUAUAAACCAUAUUUAUUUUGACAGUGAAGCAAAAAAAUGUCAAUUUGGCCCCAUACUCCAGCAUUUUGGAUUUGAGAUGUGUUUUUAAUAUGAGGCGAGAGUACAGCAUGUCACCUUUUAUUUGAGGGUAUUUUCAUACUUUUUUUUUUUUUACCAUUUAGAAAUGAAAACCUUAAUGUAUCUAGUACCCUCCCCAUUCAAAUGUUUUUUUUCCCUCUCAUAAGUAUUUACACAAUUGAACUUAUAGCAUAUUAAAGUAUUCAAACGUUUAGUAUUUGGUCCCAAUUCAAAGCACGCAAUGACUACGUCAAGCUUGUGACUCUAUAAACUUGUUGGAUGCAUUUGCAGUUUGUUUUGGUUGUGUUACAGAUGAUGUGUUACAGAUUUUGCCCAAUAGAACUGAAUGGUGAAUAAUGUACUGGAGUCACUUUUAUUGUAAAUAAGAAUAGAUGUUUCUGAACACUUCUACAUUAAUGUGGAUGCUGCCAUGAUUAUGGAUAGUAAUGAAUAUAUCCUGAAUAAUGAUGAGUGAGAAAGUUACAGAGGAACAAAGAUCAUACCCACCCCAAAAAUGCUAAUCCUCCCCUGUUAUUGGUAAUGGUGAGAGCUUAGCAUAUAUAUUUUUCUGGGGGGGGGUAUAUACACUUUUGACUACUUUAAUACACUAUAAGUGAAUUUGUCCAAAUACUUAUAAGAAUAUGUAUUUUAUUCAAAUGGGGGGACUACAUACAGAAGUGUUUUAUUUCUAAACUGUAAAACUGAUACGUACGAAAAUGCCCUCAAAUAAAAGGUGACAUUCCGUAGUCGCCUCACAUGAAACAUUUGAUCUCAAUUCCAAAAUGCUGGAGUUUAGAGCCAAAUGUACACAUUUUAUCUUCACUGUCCAAAUAAAUACAAGUAGCGUAUGCUUUUCAGUGGAGCAAGUGGGACUGAGACUGCUCACACCAUAGACUUAGCAACAAUUCCACCUGGCCUAUCAGAGGGCAAGAUGAAGGUUGCUUACACCAAUCCAAUCCUCUCAGAUCUGCAGAAGCAUCUAGGGGGAGGGGGCUGGGGGUUGGUUUGGGAUUCAGGGGUACACUCAUGAUUGAACCUGUCUCUGUUUUUGUCAACUCUUCUGUUCUUCUCUCAAAUUAACUUUUCCAUUUAUGUGAAUUUCAUCCCGAUGCCUGUUUUUGAAUUAUUUUUUAUUUUACAUCUGAAUACACAACACAAAUACUUUUGUACAAAGUUUCAUUGGUUGGUUUAAGUCAACUUAUGUUAGUGCCAACAAAUAGCCUGUUUUGAGUGACUUAAGUCUAUUCCUUUCAGAUGAGUUAUGUUGUGAUGAUCGCCACAGUAAUGAUAUAGCCACUGGGGUUUGUGUAGUGUGGGUGAGCUUGGAGACAUUCUGACAUUGAGGACUUAUUCUUUCCUGUAAUACUUUUAAAUGGUGAAAAAUAAACGUAUUGUCUGGUUACUA